GAAAAUCUAAAAAUGGCUUACUACAUCGUCGAUAUCAUCGUUAUGAAGUAAAAGAAAUUGUAAAAAAAUGUUCGGAAAAUUUAUAAUUUUUACUAUUUUAAUCGCCGCAGUUUGUGCCGGUACAGUUAGAAAUUUUACUACUUUCGAAACUGCACAAGCGUGUAAAGCUGAGAGUUGUGUUUUACCAAAUUGUAGGUGUCUAUCAACAGAAAUCCCUAAUGGUUUAGAUGUUAACAGUAUACCCCAGUUGGUUCUUCUAACUUUUGAUGAUGCUGUGAAUACGGUUAAUUUUAAAUAUUACGAAGAAGCUUUCUUCAAUAGAAAAAAUCCGGAUGGUUGUUCCAUUGGAGCAACUUAUUAUAUUUCCCAUGAAUAUACUGACUACUCAAAAGUCCAGGAAUUACAUGCUCGCGGACACGAAAUUGCUCUUCAUUCUAUUAGUCACGAAACCAUGACUACUUAUUGGGACGAUUUGUCUUUAGAUGGUUACAAGGAUGAAUUUGGUGGUGAAAGGACUCUUAUAGCUAAAUUUGCUGAUAUUCCUGAAGAAGAUAUUAAAGGAUUGAGAGUACCGUUCCUUCAAUUACCAGGUGAUACUAGUUUUCAAGCUAUCAAAGAUCUUGGCUUGAAAUACGAUUCAUCUUGGCCAACUUUACGAUAUCAAGACCCACCUUUAUUCCCUUACACUUUGGAUUAUCUUUCAAAUCAAGAUUGUCCAGUUGGAAAAUGUCCAACAGUUUCACUUCCAGGUGUUUGGGUUCAACCAAUGGUUGAUUGGACCGGAAGUGAUGGCAAUGUUUGUGCUAUGGUCGAUUCUUGUGCUACUCCUGAUAAUGCUCCAGAACUUCUUGAAUUAAUGAAAUCAAAUUUCCAACGUCAUUAUACCUCCAAUAAAGCCCCAUUCGGUUUUUAUAUACAUGCUGCGUGGUUCGAUAAAAAUCCCGUUAAUUUUGAAGCGUAUAAACAGUUUUUGGAUUACUUAGGAACUCUCAAUGAUGUCUAUAUUGUAACCGUUCAAAGAGGUAUUGAAUGGGUUCAAAAUCCAACAACAACCAAAGACUUGAAAAACUUAUGGCCUAGUUGCCCAAAUACAUACGAACCGACUUGUGAGGCAACCGUAUGCACUUUAAAUAAGGGUGAAGAAGUAAGAUAUAUGACGCAAUGUAGCGAUUGUCCUGAUGUUUAUCCAUGGUUGGGUAAUCCAUUAGGAAUUUUAUAGAUGUUUAUUAGAUAAAAGAUGUUUCGGAUGUAAUAAAGUAUGUUAGAGAAUUA